AUGAUAUUCAAAGAGCAGGACAUAGAAACUGAAGCCACAAUCGAGAGUUUAGAAGAGAAUUUUCUGAAGGUCGCAACAACAAAUGCCGACUCAUCUAGAAAAUCUUCUGCUGUGGAUUUAUCAGAAGACCGAUUCAAAGAGCUGCAAGUUCAGGCUAAUGAGAUGCUAUGUGGCGAGCAUUGGGAGUUUGAAGCUAAGACUAGUGGUCUCUCUGAUCAUAGUCCAAUUAUCACUUAUAAUCAUAAUGAUAAUAGGAAAGAGAAGAGGAGAAGCUUCAGAUACAUCAAUUUAUGGACAAAGCAUCCCAAUUAUGAUGAAAUUAUUGAGGAGUGGAGAAAGGAUUAUCCUGGGUUUAUAAUGUUUCAAAUUAGAGUGAAAGUUCAAAGAGAUAUGCUUGAUCAAAUCCAAAAAGAUGUACAAUUGAAUCCUUUCAAUUGUCAUUUACUUGCUGAGGAAAGAGCCAUGAAUUACCACCUAAGAUAUUUGCUUUUGUGUGAGGAAAGUUUUCUCAAACAGAAGUCCAGGAUUCAAUGGCUUACUCUUGGUGAUUCCAACACCAAUUUUUUCCACAAUUCAAUUAAGCAGAAAAGAAUUAAAAAUAAUGUUUCUAUCUUAAAGCUUGAGAUAGGAGAGAGUAUUACUGAUCAGGAUGAGAUUCACAAAGAAAUGACCAGAUUCUACAAACAUCCCUUUAAAGAUAAUAAUUAA